AUGGAGCCAUCCAACGAAGCAGUCAAGGUCAAGAAGGAACCUAGUUCACACAGUUCGCAUCACAGUUCGCAUCAUAGUUCACAUCGCAGUAGAUCAUCGUCUUCAAGUACUUCAAAACGCGCCAAGGCUGAAGCAGCACGGGCUCUGCUCAAGUUAGCAGAAGAGGAGGCAGCCCUUCGAAAGAAGUUAUCCCAGCUUGAAGAACAAGAUGAAAUAGACCAGGCGACUAUAAAAGCCUCCGCGGCAAGAAGAAGAGCAGAUUAUCAAGCUGAUAUGGACCUACUCGCCGCCAAGAAAACAGCAGCAGCACUUGACGCAGAAGCUAAAGUCUUGGAGCAAGACUCAUCCCUUACCGACUUAAGUGAAUAUGAUAUUCCAAGCGUAAAGGAGGAUCCACAAACACGGACCACUGAAUACGUUUCGAAUUUGUGCCGGCACUUACAAACAAAUGGUGACAAGUCUUACACUGAUACAGAUAUACCACCGAAUACGAACCUACCUCAUCGGACAGAGUCACCAGCCUCAUCGUAUGUAGGGUUACCACGCACUGUGCACACAUUCCAAAGUCCUAACCAUGUGCAGAAUGCACAACUAGUGCCUGACAUUUCUAAAUUUCUGUUGAGGAAAGAACUUUUGAUAUCAAGACUUUAUCGGUUUAGUGAUAAACCAGAAUCUUAUUUUGUCUGGAAGUCGAGUUUUCAGAAUAUUCUAGCAGACUUACAAGUUACAGAAUUUGAACAACUGGAUCUUCUUGUCAAGUGGCUCGGACCUGAAUCAAGCUCCUAUGCAUUAAGCAUCAGAGCCGCUAAUGCUGACAACCCAGCGAGGGCCUUGCGCCUUCUGUGGGAGAGACUAGAUGAAAGGUACGGUUCCCCCGAAAGAAUCGAGAGUGUUCUAAAAGACAAACUUUCCAAGUUUUCAAAGAUCAGCCUUAAAGACAGCCUCAAACUUUAUGAGCUAUCGGACCUUCUUACAGAAAUUUCGAGUCUAAAGGAGCAACCGAUGUAUCAACCACUACUGGCUUACUUCGAUUCUUCUGUUGGAGUCAACCCCAUUAUCGAGAAACUUCCCCACCACAUGAAGGAAAAGUGGGUCACGAGAGCAUCUAAGUACAAGGAAACAAACGGACAGUGCUUCCCACCAUUCAAAUUUUUCGUUAGUUUCGUGAAGGAGAUGAGUCGUGUGAAAAACGACCCGAGUUUCUUAUUCAGCGAAAAUGUACCACAGUUAACAAAGCCAACUCGUUCACCGGCCUUCCUCCCAAAGCCUCGGUUUCCUGUUACAGCAACAAAAACUGACAUUUUACCUGAUUCGAAAGAGAAGAUUAUAAUGUGUCAAAUCCAUGGAACGAAUCAUCGACUUAGUGAAUGCCGUGCAUUCCAAAACAAAUCCUUAGAGGCUAGAAAGAACUUCUUGAAAGAAAAAGGAUUAUGUUUUAAGUGUUGUGACUUUGCGCACAAAAGCAGACAUUGCAAAGAAAAACUAAAAUGCACCAUUUGUGACAGUGACAAACACGCCACGGUUAUGCAUGGUGACAUUCCCCCUAAGGCUCAUGGCGGGGAGAGCACAGUACGGUCAGGAACAAACACCAACACACAGAGAACUUCACUUGAAACGCUGACAGUAGAGUCCUCUUGCACCGAGAUCUGUGGGAAAAUCACACUUGGAAAGUCGUGUGCCAAAAUAUUACCUGUGUUUGUACAUCCCAGAGAACAUCCUGAAAACCGCAUUAAAAUGUAUGCCAUACUCGACGAUCAGAGUAACCGAUCACUUGCCAGGAGCUCAUUUUUUGACUUGUAUGAAAUCCAUUCACAACCGGAAGAGUACAUAAUGAACUCUUGCAAUGGAAGAACUUUGACAUCUGGAAGACGUGCAUCCGGAUUUGUACUAGAAUCAUGUGAUCAUCAAGUGCACAUAGACUUACCUGCUCUCGUUGAAUGUGACAACAUUCCUGACAAUAGACACGAGAUUCCAUCACAGGAAGUCACCAGGUAUCAUCGUCACCUGUGUGACAUUGACCUUGACAGUUUGGACCAUAAUUGUCAAAUCCUGUUGCUUCUUGGCAGAGACGUACCUUAUGUGCACCGCAUUCUUGACCAGAGGACUGGUCACCCUGAUGCUCCUAUUGGACUUAGAUCUCCACUAGGAUGGACUAUCGUUGGUGAUGUGUGUCUAGGAUCUCAACAUGGCCCAGUCAAUGUGUACAAAACAUAUGUGUUGUCCAAUGGACGACCUUCCCUUCUACAUCCUUGCGAGAACAAGGUAAACAUCAAGGAGCUGCCUUCGCCAAAUAUACCCUGUAGGCAAUCUGUAGACUACUCAGGUCACAAUGUUUUCGCACUAACACCUCAUGACAAUAAGCAAGGAUUAUCCACGGAGGAUAGGGCCUUUCUACAGGAGAUGGAAAAAGAGUUCAAGAAAAAUAGUGAAGGGAAUUGGGAAGCCCCACUUCCAUUUAAGGAGCAACGGCCAUUGUUACCAAACAAUCGGGUCAUGGCCUUGGAGAGGGCCAGGAGAUUUGACACUAGUUUGAGAAGAGAUCUCGUCAAACAGAAACAUUUUUUCGAGUUUAUGCAGAAACUAUUUGAUAGCAAGCAUGUUGAGAUUGCACCACCAGUCAAACAGAAUGAAGAAGUGUGGUAUUUACCCGUUUUUGGCGUAUACAAUCCCCACAAGCCUGACCAGAUCCGUGGAGUGUUCGACUCCUCGGCUACAUUUCAUGGACUUUCCUUGAACAAUGUCUUGAUGUCUGGUCCGGACCUUAACAACAGUUUGCUUGGAGUGCUCAUCAGAUUCCGCAAGGAACCAAUAGCCAUAACAGCCGACAUCCAACAAAUGUUCCACUGUUUUUAUGUAAGACCAGAUCACAGGAAUUAUCUUAGAUUUUUCUGGCACCAUGAAAAUGACGUUAACCAAGAGCUUAAGGAGUAUAGAAUGAGAGUCCAUGUAUUUGGAAACAAACCCUCACCCUCGGUAGCUACAUAUGGUCUACACAGAACAGCUUUAGAUGCUAGAGACUCAUUUGGACCUGAUGUCACCGACUUUGUUCUAAACCACUUCUACGUAGAUGACGGAUUAAUCUCCCUACCUUCUGUCGACCAGGCUGUCGAUUUAAUGAAACGAACACAACUUGCCCUAGCUACUCACGGUAAUUUACGUUUGCAUAAGAUUGCCUCAAACAGCAAAGAUGUUGUCCGAGAAUUCUGUCCAGAUGACCUUUCCAAGGAACUAAAGAGUUUGGAACUCACUGAUGAUAACUUACCAGUACAAAGGAGCCUAGGACUGUACUGGAACAUGAACUCUGACAUGUUUACCUUCAAGAUUUCUUGUGAGGAGAAACCCUUAACUCGACGCGGGGUACUCUCUGUCAUUAACAGUAUAUAUGAUCCCUUAGGAUUUGCAUCACCUGUGAUAAUCGAAGGGAAACUACUGCUACGUCAACUUUCUAGUGGAGGCACUGAAUGGGAUGUGCCACUCGGCGACCUUGAAGGACAGAAAUGGCAGUUGUGGAAGGAGUCUUUGUCUGGACUUCAAGAUGUAUCUAUUCCCCGUCAGUAUGUUCCGUGUUCUCUGCAAGGAAAUGUACGAAACGAACUCCAUAUAUUCUGUGACGCGUCUGAGAAAGCAAUUGCAGCAGUUGCAUAUUUGCGAGUGAUUCGUGAGGGAGAAAGACACUAUGUGGGUUUCGUUAUAGGAAAGACCAAAGUUGCGCCUACUCAUGGACAUACGAUACCAAGACUAGAAUUGUGUUCCGCCCUUCUUGCAGUCGAAAUUUAUCAACUAGCCAAAGAAAACCUGAACAUUGAGUUAAAGAGUGUGAAAUUUUAUUCCGAUAGUAGAGUAGUUUUAGGAUAUAUCACUAAUCAGACAAGAAGGUUUCUUACUUAUGUCUCCAACCGAGUUGAACAAAUUCUGAGACACUCAACUCCAGAACAAUGGAAUUACAUUCCUACGGAACUCAACCCUGCUGACAUUGGAACACGGGGCUUAACGGCCGACAAGCUUCAGAGCAGUGUUUGGAUUAGAGGACCUACUGAAUUCCUUGAGAGACAGUCUAUUGAGUCAGAUAAUGCUUCUAACCCGAAUACUUACCAGCCUGAGGUAAAUGCCUACUUGUCUGAUGUCACGUCAAUGCAUAAUUCUGAGUCGGAGUCGAGAAGUAUUGCAUGUAGAUUUCAUCGAUUUUCUGAGUGGUCUAGACUUGUACAUGCAUUUGGAAGGCUGAAGACAAGAGCACGACAACAGAAAAUGAAGAGAACUGAGGAUUCAUUGGUCACAUUCAAGGAAUCAGAAAACUUCAUCAUAAGUCUCGUACAGCAUGACGUUUAUGGAGAGGAGAUACACUGUAUCAGAACAAACAAACCCCUACCGAAGGGCAGUCCCCUUCAAGCAUUAGGACCAAUUUUAGAUGAAGAAGGCAUCCUAUGUGUAGGAGGGAGACUCAACAAACUGAGGUUAGAUGACUAUGAAAAGAAUCCAGCCAUAAUUCCAGGGUCUCAUCACAUUGCUACGUUACUAGUGCGCCAUCACCAUCAACUACUCAAGCACCAAGGACGUCACCUUACAGAGGGAGCAGUCAGAUCUGCCGGACUCUGGAUCACAGGAGGAAAAAGGCUAGUGUCUUCCGUUAUUUACCACUGCAUCAGCUGCAAGAAACUGCGAGGAAAACAUGGAAUACAAAAGAUGGCCGACCUUCCAGCUGACAGGUUGGAACAAGUACCUCCAUUCACAAAUGUAGGAGUCGACAUUUUCGGUCCUUGGCAAAUCAUCACCAGAAAGACGCGAGGAGGAAGCGCAUCAUCAAAGCGAUGGGGAGUCUUAUUUACAUGCUUGGUGACAAGAGCAGUUCACAUUGAGAUAGUGGAUUCCCUAAGUUCAUCUGCAUUCAUCAAUGCUUUGCGUAGAUUUACCAGUAUUAGGGGCAAAGUGAAGAUAUUCCGGUCAGAUAGGGGCACCAAUUUUAUUGGAGCAACGGAUGACCUUAGAAUAGACACCAUUAAUGUGGAAGAUGAUAACUUAAAGACAUUUCUCUAUGAUUCAGGAACAAAGUGGAUUUUCAACCCCCCACACUCUUCACACUUCGGAGGAGCUUGGGAAAGAAUGAUUGGCCUUGUGCGCAACAUUCUAAAUGCCAUGCUUAUGGAACCAAGCAACCAAAAUAUAACACAUGACAUUCUGUGCACCUUGAUGGCCGAAGUAACAGCGAUUAUAAAUUCCCGACCCUUGACACCUGUGUCUUCAGACCCCAACUCUCCAUUUGUUUUGACACCAAACAUUUUGUUGACACAGAAACAUUCUUCUGAUUCUGGUUCCCUGGAGUUCGGCGAUAUCGGCAUAAAGGACAUGUUAAAAUCUGAGUGGAAACGAGUGCAGGGCCUUGCGAACCAGUUCUGGAAGCGAUGGAAGUCAGACUAUCUUCACCUCCUUCAGCCACGCAGAAAGUGGAAGAACGAAGAGCCAAAUAUCAAGGAAGGUGAUAUUGUGCUACUUAGAGAAGACAGUCCCAGAAAUCACUGGCCAAUGGCAGUUGUCCAGAAAACGUUCCAGAGUGACGAUUCCUUAGUCAGAAAGAUUCAAAUCAAAUUGCUUAGAGAUGACAGAUCAGUUAUUCUUAUCAGACCAAUUUGUCAGGUUAUUCCAUUAUUAACAGUGUGA